GCGACGCGAUACUAUAUUGACGCGACGCGGGACUCGAUCUCGAUCCCGCCUGAACUUCCUCUCACUGACGUCAGGCUCGCCGCUCCGGACACCGCGGAGGAGAAAAUGCUGCUCUCCGUUCCUCCGAGGACGGGAUUCAACCCCUACAACGGGUACAACAGCAGAAACAGCAAAAAGCAAGCCUAUGUGUCCUCCAGCCACCAGAUGGCACUGUCCAGCCCCAACAGUAGCAGCGCAAGUAGUUUGGGAGGCGGUGAACAGCUGAGCAAAACAAACCUUUACAUCCGUGGACUCCAUCCUGGGACUACAGACCAAGACCUGGUCAAGCUCUGCCAACCGUAUGGAAAGAUUGUUUCCACCAAAGCUAUUCUGGACAAAACUACCAACAAAUGCAAAGGGUAUGGCUUUGUGGAUUUCGACAGUCCUCCGGCAGCGCAGAAGGCCGUGACGGCGCUCAAGGCCAGUGGGGUUCAAGCUCAGAUGGCCAAGCAACAGGAGCAGGAUCCCACUAACCUAUACAUCUCUAACCUGCCCGUGUCCAUGGACGAGCAGGAGCUGGAGGCCAUGCUCAAAUCCUUCGGUCAGGUCAUUUCCACUCGCAUCUUACGGGACGCUAACGGGACCAGCAGAGGAGUCGGCUUCGCUAGGAUGGAAUCUACAGAGAAGUGUGAAGCCAUCAUUCAGCAUUUUAAUGGAAAAUAUAUCAAAACCCCACCAGGAGUGCCAGUACCUUCAGAACCGUUGUUAUGCAAGUUUGCUGACGGAGGACAAAAGAAGCGACAGAACCAGACAAAGUACCUACAGAACGGUCGACCCUGGCAUAGAGACGGUGAUACGGGAGGAAUGACGCUCACAUACGACCCAACAGCCUUACAGAACGGGUUUUAUUCUUCUCCGUACAGCAUCGCUCCAAACAGAAUGAUCGCUCAGACAUCUCUGUCUCCAUACAUGCAAUCACAAUUACCGUCCUACCAGAUGCACAGCCCGUCCUGGAUGCAUCAUCAGUCGUACCUCAUGCAGCCCGCAGGGACCGUUCUGACUCAAGCUAUGGAUCACCCGAUGUCCCUUCAGCCCACGUCUAUGAUGGGACCCCUGACCCAGCAGCUGGGUCACCUGUCUCUCGGCAGCGCCGGCACGUAUAUUCCUAACACAGCUAUGCAAGGAACGUACAUCCCUCAGUACACCCCAGUGCCUCCCUCUAGUGUUACAUUAGAGGAAAACAGUGGACAACAGCAGCAGGUUUCCAUGGAGACGCCUUCGGAACACACUAAUUAUUCCUAUCAGCACAGCAAAUGAAGCUAUGGUGCUCUACAGUUCUGUGGACAAUGGAAAUCUCUCUGUGAGAUUUGCAGAUUUCCACAGAAGAGUAGCAGAGGGGAUACGGAUGACAAAAGAAGCUUGUAUCUUUUGUAGAACAGAGUCCGAGAAGGACGUCACUCAUCUUUUGUUCAACCCCUCUCUUCAGGUGUCACUCAGCCAACAGUGGGAGUCUGUGCAAAAGAGCUAUCCCUUCAUCUAUUUUGAUAACAAAACAGAAAAAGCAUAAAAAAACAAAGAUAAUUUAGAAAAGGCUAAGGAAAACACAAUGUGUUCUUUUAUGCACGUAAUGGCAAAUUCUUAUUUUUAAGAACUAAUUCUUUAAUAUGGGAGGAUGAGAAAAGAGAAACUAAAAACAUGUCUUUUAUUUUCUUUGUAAAAUAUGCAACUUUUUUUCUUUCGAUUUGUUCCUUUUUUUCUUCCGUCAGCAGCAGUAAGAUAUUUUUGUACAGAUUAAGAUGCAAACAGUGCAUUUUUGUCCUAUUUUUAAGUUUGUCGUGUGAUGUUCUGCUGAAGAAACCAUUUAAAGCCACUUCUUCAUGUCGUACCAUUUUAAGAAUCUAUAAAGAAAUAGUGAUAAAAUCACUCUAAUUCGAUCAUCACUUCUCCGAAAGCAUCAGACAAUCAUUAAAUUAUUAUUUAUUGAAAAAAUUAUCUUUUUUUGGUACAUACCAGGGCAAUACAGAUUUGUCUUUCAAGUUCAUAUGAACUAUUAGAUGCAGAAAUAGAUCGAAUAUCUGAUAUUGUGAGAUUAUCCGGAUAUUUUUGAUGCGCUUCAGCCGUUAAAGCUUUUUUAAACACAGUAAUGGAAAUGAACCAGAUUUUUGUAGAAAUGUGUUUUAUGAGGGGCAUUUUAAAUCUAAUGAUUACCUGUGAAACAGUUUGUGCCUAACAUUACAGUGUUCAGGAUCAAUUCAUUUUUAUUUAAAAUAUGAAAAUGUAAAAAGUAUAAUUAAUCAUUUCUGUCUCCUCCCUUCAUACUUUAGCUAAAAUGUACA